AUGGGAAGUUCUGCCAAUGGCACAGGGUUACCUCCCUUCACCCUAACUGGUCUCCCAGGCCUUGAAGCUUCCCAACACUGGAUGUUCCUGCUGCUUGGAGUCCUCUACACUGUCUCUAUUGUGGGAAAUAGCCUAAUUCUCUUCAUUGUCAAAGAAGAACAGAGUCUGCACCAGCCCAUGUAUUAUUUCUUGUCCUUGCUUUCUGUCAAUGACCUUGGUGUGUCCUUGUCCACACUGCCCUCAGUGUUAGCCACUUUCUGCUUCCACAUUGAGCAGAUUGCCUUUGAUGCAUGUAUGACACAGAUGUUCUUUAUACAUUUCUUCUCUUUCAUGGAGUCUGGGAUCCUACUGGCCAUGAGCUUUGAUCGUUAUAUAGCUAUCUGCAACCCACUGAGGUAUUCUACCAUUCUCACUGACACUCGAGUUGUACAGAUGAGCCUGUUCAUUGGUACCCGCAGUUUCUGUGUGGUUUUUCCAUUGCCCUUCCUCCUGAUGCGUCUGCCCUUCUGCAAAGCCAAUAUUUUGUCCCAUGCUUACUGCCUGCACCCAGACCUAAUCCGUCUACCAUGUGGGGACAUCACUAUUAAUAAUGUCUUUGGUCUUUGCAUUGUCAUCUCUACCUUUGCCCUGGAUUCUACACUUAUCUUCUUCUCUUAUAUUCUUAUUCUUCGCUCUGUGCUGGCUAUUGCUUCCCAAGAAGAAAGGCUUAAAACACUCAAUACCUGUGUAUCUCACAUAUGUGCAGUACUUAUUUUCUAUGUGCCCAUGGUGGGUGUAUCCAUGGUGCACCGUUAUGGGAGAUAUGCACCACCAUAUGUGUUUACACUAAUGUCCCUUGUCUACCUCUUUGUCCCUCCCAUGCUCAAUCCUGUCAUCUAUUCUAUCAAGACAAAAGAGAUCCGUAGGAGGCUCAUCAAGUUAUUCUCUGUGAAUAAACCCUAA